AAAUUUCAGAGAAAUUAGGUGUCACGUUUUCUAAAGGAGAACAAAACAGACCGUUUUAAUUAUAUAAUUGUCAAGACUCAAUUAAAUGUUACUUUUACGAUCAAAGCGACAGGCAUUUAAUUAAUGUGACGAUUUUUAAAUACCCUACAUGUUUAAACGUGUAGCGAAGAGAAAAGAACUUUAAGCUAACCUAUACCACAAAACACAGCGUCUAUUGAAACCCAGGCAUUUUAACGUAUUGAUAUUGUGUUUAGCUUCUGUGUACAUGUAUAAGGGAUUGAGUUAUAGAAGACAUUGAAAACAUCUAAUGGAAAUUCAGAAUGAAGAUCAAUCCGAACAUUCAGCAAAUGUGACAGAAAAUGACCAGUUGACCAAUUCCAGCAAUGAUUACGAAAUCAUCAGAAAACAUUGUGAAUUAAACAACAGAGAUAUUAUUGACAAGACAGAUUCGCCAAGAGCGGUCUUGGAUCACGAUGUUAAACUUCCCCCACGUUUAGAGCCCAUCACAAAAGUACCGAAGAAAAAGAAAAAGAGGAGAUAUCUAAAGAAACUAUCCUCCCAAGUAGGAGUAGGAGCUGAUCCCCUCCCACUAGCAACACACGCUGCAGCAGCGGAGGGGACAUUAGAGGACCAAAAUGAAAAAGACGUUUCAGAGACGGAAAAUUCUUCUAAAACAUUCUUUUACUGUAGAUUUAUUGUGAAAUUUCCUAUACUAGCUUUUCUGUUGUCCUCUACGAUACACAUUUGUGCAAUAGUGACUACAGUAUCCCUGUUUGUUUCUGGGGAUAAUGUGUUCCCCACUGACUUCAAGAAGCUGCCCCUGGUACUGUAUGAUGACAGCACUAGGAAGCAGGACCUGGCCUGGCGCAGUAGAGACUCCUACUCCUUAAGGAUAACUAGGCCGGUCUACGGGAUAUACUAUCCCACGUGGGUCGGAGGACAAGUCGAGGACAUCGUAGAGGUGAUCCUACAAGUCGACGAUGGGGAUAUAUUCAGCCAAUCCAACAUCAAACUUAUCCAACAUAUAGAAAAUUUAAUGUAUAAUUUUAAAGAUUAUAAGCACACAUACUGUCAAAGAGACGAGUUUUUUGAGUGUAUGAAACCUUGGUCGGUAAUUCGCCUUUUUGAUGGUACAUACAACAGUAUUAAUUCAAAAUUCAACAAUUUUACCUUUGAAAACUCAAAGGAAGUUUUGUGCAAUGCAACGAAAUUGGAUGAAACAAAGGAGUUUGUUGAGUUUAUCUUUGCCAAAGGAUAUGAUCCAUGUCAACCCGGAAGUGUGUCAUCUGUUACCAGAAUACUUUUAACAAUGGGUUAUCCCCUCUGGGGUGGUAAUAGUAAAAACAGAAUUAAUAAUUUCCUAGUCAACGAAAUGAAACCAAAUAUUGAGCAUAUUCGCGACAAUAUUCUUGGGGAUAGAAUGCAACUGUACUACACAAGCAAAAAGAUUUUUGAUAAUGACGUCACACAGCAGGCUUUUGACGACAUGCUAUUCGCAAUUGGGAGUUUUCUAUUCAUUUUUCUUGUAAUGUGGAUUCAGACCAAAUCGUUUUUCAUAACUUUUUUCGGAAUAUUCAGUAUAUUAACAAGCUUUUUACUUGCAAAUUUAGUGUAUCGCUAUGUGUUUAAAUACGAAUAUUUUGGAUUUUUUCACAUCAUUUCCAUGUUUAUCAUUCUUGGAAUUGGAGCAGACGAUGUUUUUGUGUUUUACGAUUCCUGGCGCCUUACGGGCGAUGGUAAAUACCCAACACUUGCUCAUCGACUUACCGACUGCUACUACAGAGCUGCCAAGACCACAUUUAUAACAUCUGUGACUACAAUGGCAGCUUUCUUAGUUAGUGGUACCUCUCCGCUCCUCCCCGUGGCAUCCUUUGGUCUUUUUACGGGUGUUCUAGUGGGAGUGAACUAUAUAUGUGACUUGAUAUAUUUCCCAACCGCUAUCAUUUUGUAUUCAGAAAAAAUCAGACCUCGAACUAACAGAUUCUAUUCAUGGUUAUUUGAUAGAAAAUGUUUCAAGUCCUUGAAAUGUCAAGUUUGCAACCAGAAAACAGAUCUGAAUGAAAAACAGUCAGGGACCGCAGGGUCUUCGACAUCUUCCAUUUCGUUUUUGUGCUCCCCCCGUAGGACAGCCAAAGAGGACACGACGCGUCUCUUCCCGGCUAAAAUACCCCCUAUUCAUAGUCAAAAAAGUUUAGAUAACUUGCAAGAGUCAACGUCAGAAGACAAGGAGCCCACAGAACAACGAAAUAAAAUUAGGAAAGAAUUUGAGGAGCGGAUGCUAAUCGUUCGGUUCCUCCGUCAUGGAUUCUUUUCCUUUAUGUCCCUCAGAGUAGUCCGUUUUGUGAUUCCCAUAAUUUUCUUCGGGGUUUCAUCUUUUUUCAUAUAUAGUGCCACAACAUUGGAACCCGACAGCAAACAGGUACAAAUAUUCCGAUCCACACACAACCAUGGAAGAGCUUCGUACCACCAUUACUACACGUUUCAAAGGAAUUUUGAGGGAGAGUACACAAGUGUAUUCCUUGCAUGGGGAAUGCAUGAGAAGGACACGAGUACAUGCAGUCGUAAAAAGUCCGAUUUCUGCAGCGGGACGGUGGUUUGGGACAACACAUUUGACUCCUCUUCACCAGAGGCACAGACGGCAGUCUAUAAUCUGUGUCAACGUUUGGAAAAUGCAAGCGAUGCAGAAAUCGAUCAACUGAAAAUAAGAAGAAAUGCCAUUACUAACAAACCAGAAGUCAGUUGCUAUCUGACAGCCAUGGAAAAAUUUCUUCGGGAAGAUGUUCAAAAGUCUGGAGUUAACUCUUCUGAUCUGAAUGUUGAUGUCCCACUGGAUGAAGGCAACAUGACAAAAUUCAUGACUUACAACCCGCGUAUCUAUGGUAAACAACUUAAUCUUCCCGUGGAUUAUAACAGAUGGCUGGAGAUCGGACUUGGUUAUUGGAUUACCAACAGAUAUACAGGCAGACUACAUGAGGACUACUUUCUGUACAAUCAUCUUCUUGGAGAGCAAUAUAUCGUAGGAGAAACAAAUAUUGCCCUGAACACACAUUUAGGACUGUAUUAUGGUACAAAGCUAAAGUAUUUUGGAAUUCAAGUCAACUUAACAGUGAGUGUUUACACCCUGGGAUACAGCGAAGGUGGACCCCUCUAUCGUGCAUGGGAACAGUUUAUGAUCACAGAGAAAGCAAAAAUGCCACCAUCUUUACAAAAUGGAUUCCAGUGUACAAGAAAUACGUGGCAUUGGAUACGUGUUCAAGAGGUACUUUCAGAUUCAGCAUACCUUGGAAUCAUCAUUGGUUUGUCUGUGGCUCUUCCUGUUUUGAUCCUCACCACUAUGAAUUUUAUCAUAGGAUUUCUAGCGUGGAUGGUUAUUGCUCUGGUGACGACGUGUGUUUUGGGGUCUAUACCUCUGCUAGGCUGGAAAUUAGGGGUCCUUGAGUCCCUCAACCUUUGUAUGGUAGUAGGCCUAGCUGUGGAUUACGUUGUCCAUUUAGCAGAGGCUUACAACAUGUCACCAUGUAUGAAGCGACAGGACAAAACUCGCAACAUGUUGGAAAAGAUGGGUCUUUCCGUCCUCUCUGGGGCCUUCACAACAUUUGGGGCUUCUGUGUUUAUGCUAGGUGCUCAAAUUCAAUUCAUCUAUCAAUUCGGAAUUUUUGUCAUGAUUACUGUAUUCACAUCCUUGUUCCUCUCUUUGUUUUGCUUCACUUCUUUCUUGUUGCUCCUGGGACCUGAGGGAGAUUCAGGUUCAAUUACAGCAUUGGUAAAAAGAGUUUGUUGCCGCUUUCAAAGAUGCCAAUUAAAACCAAAGGAUGGGAAACCGUCUUCAGCACCUCUUACCACUGAAGCCAAUCCUCCCAAAAUUCUGAAUGAUCUCAAAGAUAAAGUGCCAAAAUAUUGAAGUUUGAUGUUCUGUAACAUUUGAAAAAUAUAA